AUGGCCCCCGCUGCCGAGGACGUGCUGGGCGAGCUCUACGCGUGGGACUCGGUCAUUGAAGACGACUCGGCCCUGACGUCUGACGACCCGCAGCGUGACGAGGACAGGGCCGAGGACGCGUACGAGCAGAUGAUCCACACGGCCAGCGCAGACGCGAGCGACGUGGUGCUGAGUCUGGCCGCUCAGCUGCUGCACAAACACUUUUUCCGCUUCCCGCACGUGCAGAUCAACGUGGUGGCCAUGCUGCUCCAGCUCUGCGGCCCCGCGCGGUCGCAGGCCGUGCGCAUCCACACGCUGCGCGCGCUGCUGCAGAUCGUCAAGACGCCACCCGCGGCCGCUGCCGCGUCGACGCCCACGGCUGCGGCGUGUAUUGCCCGCAAGAACACGCUCUUGUGGAUGCAGAACAUCAACGAGGCCGUGCAGCACAUGCUGGACACGGAGAAGUCGGCGGUGAUUUUGCGACAGGUGACGCCAUUGCGGCAGGCGCUCGCGGAGCGGCUUCCGACGGUCUCGGAUGUACCAGAAAGCAGCACGAGUCCAAGUGCUAGUACCAAUGCUGCUACACUGGAGGCUAGCGCUGAUCCGAGUGGACAGGACAGGGAUUUGUCGCCUCGGGAGUCGACCAAGCAGUUGCAGGAAGAAGAGGAUGCGGGAGACAACUCUGGACCGACGUUGGUGGAAAAGGAAGCGGAACUUGAGGAGAAUGAUGCACAGCAUGUGCCAAUCUCGAUGAGUACGAACAAGGAGGGGAAGAUCGUACAGCUGAAUCGUGAAGUGAGCAGUGGCGAUGCAUCGCUAGAUACUUGGAAGAAGACGGCGUCCAGGGGACGUUUUGGUGAGAGCGAAGGGCGACGCUCGAAAAUCAAUGCAUUUUCACCACGCAACUGCCCGCCAUGCCCUUACCUGUUUCUGGGUAGCGUGCCUCGGCAUACGCCAAACGAAGAGGUUGUGGAAUUUUUAGCACCUGUUUGGCCGGCAAUCGACAGCAUGAGUGUGCAGAUCAAACAGCCCGACCACAAUGCAACAGCUUAUGCGUUUGUGAGCAUGCCAUCCAUUGAACAUGCGCGCGAAGCCAUUCAUUACGUAGCUGCAAAUAAGUUUCGCGGCCGCUCGUUCUUGAAUGCGAAUUUUGCUCGUGGACCACCGGUGGACACGUUGCUUUUUGUAGAGCGAACGGGUGACGAUGUGAGUAUGGAAGACAAGGGAGCUGUUCGUGACUUUGACUUUUCCAAGUGCGAGCCGGACGUUUGGGAUGUGCUGUGCCAGCAGCUGGAGAGCUUUGGUCCAUUGGCAUUUGCUGAGAUCGGAUGUGUACGAUUUCGCAGCUCGGAGCACGCCAAGGCAGCUGUCCGCAAGCAACUGUUCACGGUGAAGGGAUACGAGAUUUACCCUGUGUAUGAUACGAAGGAGCAAUUUGCGAUUGAUUCAACACGCCGUGGAUCCAAUGUGCACAGCAAGCAAGGAUUUACUUUGAAGUCCGGACGACUUGUCGGAGGAGAUUCAGCUUAUCGCGGCCGUAAGAAUCACCAGUUUAUGAAAGACGAAGACGUGAUGAUUGAUUCAGGUGGACGUCGUGGACAUCAUCGAGUUACCUCGUCAAAGUACGGUGAGCGCAGCCACAGUCCGCCUCCCAGCGGCCGUGGGGGUGUACGUGUAUCGUCGCGGUCUCGCUCACCUGAGCUCCGUAGCGGUGGCAGUCGUUACGCUUCGUCAAUGGGCGGACUAGGCAAUCCGCCGAUCGAUUAUCGGCUACAGCGCUCUCGUUCUCGGUCCCCUGUGCCGAUGUCGAAGAAGCACGCACUACAUGAUGGUGGUGGGUAUGACGUCCCUUUUCAUCAGGCAAAGCGCCGUGAAUUUCGUAGUAAGUUCGGGCGCCGUUCGCCUUCCCCAGUGGAUGUCCGAAGUCAUGGAAGUCCUAUCUCUGCUGACGAACUGCGUGGACGACCCCGGGAGCGCGAGAGUCCUUGGAUGGAGCCUCGUUACGCUGAAAGUCCGCGUGACCAGCGUGGAUCCCGAGAGGUUGGUCGUGGUAGAACCAACUUCCGCGGUGCAUCGCCUUCCCCUUCCUCCUCGCCGAGACACAGUCGAAUCGGUGAUCGUGGAAGUCGGCGUACAAGUAACUACAAACGCGGUGGCCAUGUUGAAGGUGGCCGUGUCACGCACCGGCGUGUAGAUGGUUCACAGGAGGGUCGCGGUAGGGAGCACCCCCCAGCUCUGGCUGGUGGCGUUCUGGAUUUGCCACAUAGCCUGAGUCCACCACGGUUCGGGAAGUACGCGUCUGGGCCAUCAAAAGCCCACCUUCGAUCGCGGUCGCGGUCGCCUCACGAUGAUGUGAGGCUGGGUGUCGUCUCGAAUCCACGAUUCAGUGGACGUGAUGAACGUUCGCUCAGAAAUGAGGUACCUGAUGGACAUCAGUCUGUACAGACCGAACGCGCACGCUACGCGGACGACCGCUCUGUUGCUGAGGUUGCCCGUGAUGAACAGCAAGAGCGCCAGCGAUUUUUCCAGCAGCAACAGCAAAGUCGCCGUGACUUCCACGAUGGAAAUUCGAGCCGUUAUGGUACAGGCCGUGGAGGUGGGCGAGGCGGAGGUCGUGGUCGCGGCGACCGGUAUCAUGGCCAACAGGCUUACAAGGGUGGCCGAAGUGGGGCAAUGUACGGUCACGACUUACCGCCACCGAAGGGCCGGUCGCUUUCUCCCCUUCCACCUCCUGCUUUCCAUCGUUCGGUGUCUCCUCCUGUGCGCGAUAGUCGGCGCUCGCCUUCGCCUGGUCAGCCUCCGCAAGUGCAACGUAAAUCGUACAGCCGCGAAUACCGCGAAGAGUUUUUACCCCGUGAGCGUACUUCCGCGCUUUUACCACCAUCGUCGCCGCAGCUGGAGAGUUCUUUCAACCCGGGAUCUGUUGGCCCACCUGGCCGUGACGAGUUUGGUUCGGAGAUGAUCGAUCGCAUGCAUCGUGUACCGAGUCGUUACGAGCGACGUCAUCACUCACACCGCGAUCGAAGUCGGGAUGAAAAAGGUCGCCGUGGCCAUCGCGACCUACGAGACAAGCGCUUGUCUCGAGCGGAACGUUCAAUGGCCACGUCUCCGGUGAGUCGAGACCACCAUUCUGUUUCGACUGGGAGAAAGUCAAAUGUGCAUUCUCCGCGUCGUUCGUUCACCCGCCGUGCUGAAAGUGACAACCGUCUGGAGGAAGCUGCCGAAGAAGGCAAACUAAAUCGGUCAAAGAAAGAGGAUGAUAUGCACCAUCAUGAGAAAGAGAUGAAGAGUAAAGGAGCGCGCUUGACGCGUGACGAGUUGUUUGCGGGCAUGGAUGAUUUGACGGUGGACUAUGAGGAGGACGACGAGUAA